CCGGAAGGCCUUUCCUAGGAGGUAGCCAGAACAGAGAGAGCUGUACACUCCUUGAAGUGCAAGAGGCUGCUUCUGGUCCCCGAGUGGCUCUCGACCUUGCCUCCUUUUACCUCGUGAUCACACCAUUCCAGAUUGAAAUCAUGGCAGGACCAGAAACUGAUGCCCAAUUCCAAUUCACUGGUAUCAAAAAAUAUUUCAACUCUUACACUCUCACAGGUAGAAUGAAUUGUGUACUGGCCACAUAUGGAGGCAUCGCUUUGAUGGUCUUGUACUUCAAGUUAAGGUCUAAAAAAACACCAGCUGUGAAAGCAACAUAAACAGUAAGGAGUUUACAUUUAAGUUUGAUUUUAAAGUGUACCUCAUCUGUUAAGUUCCCAUGCCUGGAGAAGCUAAUGUCCACUCAUCAUGUGAUACUCAAUUUGUACAAUAAAUUAUGAACCUGGAAAA